CAAAAUCGCCCCCCAAAUCACGCCCCGGUUCAACUUUCUCUCUCUACAAUUUCGGCCGGUCGGUUUUCCUGUAAAUCUUAGCCAACAAAAUUCCUCUUUCACUCCCAGCCGCUCACUAAAACCCUUACUCCCGGCCACCUCCUUUCUCACUCUCUAUCUACGCCUACGCCAGAGAGAUAAAUUGGUAAUUUGGGGUUUUGUUUAGUCCGGCUGAGUGCAUUCCUCAAUUUGAUCGCGGUCUAGUGCUUUUAGUUGAUCUUCAACUGCUGAGUAGGGCUCCUUGAUCCGUGGUUUAGCUUGUGUUUAGUUUGUUUGCUUUUAUUUUUCCGAAUCAUCUUGAGUUUUGGGGUGCGUUAUUAGUAGCUUGGGGCUUGAUCAAGUGUCUACUGAGCAAGGCUCUCGAUUUUCAGUUUGUUAACCCUGAAAUCCCUACUUGGUUUUCUUCGGAUCUUCGAAAACGGGUUUCGGAUGAUGGAUCUGAGUGAUAAAGGAUCGGAGUGUGAAGAAAUGAGUUGCCAAACACCCACCCCAGAUAGGGUUUCAUCGGACGGCUCAAAUGUGAAGACUUGUGUUGACUGUGGCACCUCAAAAACCCCCCUCUGGAGAGGUGGCCCUGCUGGUCCCAAGUCACUGUGCAACGCAUGUGGGAUAAGAAGCCGGAAAAAGAGAAGGGCCCUAAUGGGCGUCACUAAAGACGAUAAGAAAAUUAAGAAAUCGCCCAAGACCAACAGCGGCAGCAGUUGUACCAGCAGCAACGGGGAUAGUACCUUCAAGAUCAGGGAUUCGUUUAACAGGAAAUUGUGGGCUUUUGGAAGGGACGUGGCUCUGCAGAGGCCAAGAUCCAACACUAAUCGGAGACGAAAAUUGGGAGAGGAAGAACAAGCGGCUUUCCUCUUGAUGGCUUUGUCUUGUGGGUCGGUUUAUGCUUAGGAAUUUUGUGUACUAGCUGCAGUAGUAGUUGUACUAUUGCAAUUUUUUUUAUUUUAAUUUACGAGCUAAUUUGAUUUUCAAGAAGGAAAAAAAAGGGUAAUGGCUCAAAUGGGCUUUUCCCCGAUGCGGAAAUGAAAUUUGUCCUAAUUUAUUGCAAUAGAAUUGGAUCUUUGUAGAUUUUAUCUAAUUUUAAACGUGAUUUUUGAAUGCUUGAAUAAAAAGA